AUGUCUCCAGGACACAGCACUGAGGAGAUGGGGCUCCUCAGGCAGGAGGUGGCCUCUCAACCGCCGGUGGACUGCCCCCAUCACGCCUCCCGCCACCAGUGCCCUGAGGGUGAGGACACCAAGGCCCCAGCAGAUGGCAGAACCUCGCCUUUCCAGCCGACUGUUGGGCCAGGCACUGAGGCUCAGCUUCUGCAGAGGAGAAUGCUUCGACCCCUGGGAAGGCAGGCCACCUGCGCCAAGGGUAAGGAGGAGAUGAGACUCACACUGCAAGGACCGGCUAGGCCGUGGCCUUCCCUGAGCGGCUGGUACACCAUCUACCUGCCUGACUGCCGGCCCCUGACUGUGCUCUGUGACAUGGACACGGACGGAGGGGGCUGGACCAGGAUUUCUUCAGUGGAGGGUGACGCCUGGGUGGACUUCUACCGGGACUGCACGCAGAGGCAGGGGCUUCGGCAGUCGGCUCGCCUGGGCUUCCUGGAACAUAAGCGCCUCUUAGCCCACAGGGGAUCGGGCCCUGAGCGCACUCAGGGUGGCACUGGGACCUCCGAGGGCUGCGUCCCCUGCCGCAGGCUGUGGCGGCAUCGGGACAGGAGAGGGUUAGAGCUCCGGGCUGAAGGCCUCUUCAGUCCCACAGGAACCAGCGAGCUCCGUGUAGACCUGGUGGAUUUUGAGGGCAAUCGCCAAUUUGCUAAGUACAGAUCAUUCAAGGUGGCCAGUGAGGCGGAGAAGUACAAGCUGGUCCUGGGGACCUUUGUGGAGGGCAGUGCGGGUGAUUCUCUGACAUACCACAACAACUACCCCUUCUCCACCAAAGACCGAGACAACGACCAAGAUGCUGAAAACUGUGCUGUGCGCUAUCAGGGAGCCUGGUGGUAUGCCACCUGUCACCUGUCAAAUCUGAAUGGUGGCUACCUCGGGGGGGCCCAUGAGAGCUUUGCAAAUGGCAUCAACUGGAAUUCGGGGAAAGGGUACAACUACAGCUACAAGGUGUCAGAGAUGAAGGUGCGGCCCACCUAACCCAGCGCUGAGGUCAGAGGGUCUCUCCACGCACCCUGGCUGGAGGAGCGCAUCCCUUAGCCUUCACCAAGAGGGCAACGUGGGUAUCGUGGCCCCCAUCCUCAUGGAAAGAGGGAGCUCCCACCAGUCCCUUGUAGGCAUGGCCCGCAGAGCUUUGCGCCCAGUGCCAGCGUCCAGCCCCCUGUCUCCCAUCUGCAAGGUUAGGCGAAGCCCCAGCGUGCCUCCCUCACCGCAGCUGUCAGUGCUUGCUUGCCUCACAGGUGAUCAUGGAAUGCCAUGGCUAUUUGCCCUGCCCUGACCACUGGCCAUGCCACUGUGCUGCUCAUCCGUCCUUGCUUCCCUGUGACUUGGCCCUGUGGGUGGAUCAGAUGCCCUAGGGCUGAGGGGGUUUCCCAUUGGCUAAGACAAAGUAGGGCCGCCCUGCCUGUUUGUGAAUAAAGUUUUAUCGGCACAGCCAU